AUGUUGUUUGUGCGGUUUUUUGGCUGGUAUGAGGACAAAUACGAUAUAUUCCUUGUGAUGGAGUUCAUCGAGAAUGGAGACUUAAACCAAUACCUCAAAGAAUUCCCCAAAAUAGUAAAAGCCGAGGCAAGAAAUAUCAUUAGGCAAAUUCUAGAGGGACUUGUGGUCAUGCAUGAUCAAAACAUAUGCCAUCGUGAUUUAAACCCCCAGAACAUUUUAAUCACCAGUACCACCUCACCAAUAGAGAUAAAUAUAACCGACUUCGGAAUCUCAAAACAAGUACAAGGUACUCAACUAAAAACCACUUGUGGUAUAGAAAAUUAUAAGGCGCUGGAAUUGCGACGGCUUCUACCUACGGCUCCUAGGCGUCGAAGACGAAGAGGCGAGGGUCCAGAAACUUACACAAAUGCUGUCGAUAUAUGGUCCUUGGGGACGUUGGUACAUGUGAUACUGACAUCCGAAUUGCCAUUUCUCUUAACAUUGAAUGAGGAUGAAGAUUGUACUGAUACUACGAUUGGAUCGGAUGCCCACUACUCAGAAUGGGAAGAUGAACAAGAUUUGGGACUAUUAUGA